ACACUUCUUCUCAACAGCAGAGAGGGAGACAGGCUCCAGAGAAAGCGCAUGUGUGAUUCCGCUCUCCAUGCAGGCAGCCCACCACUGGCAAGCUCCCCUCAUCUUAUGUGUAACGUCUCUACUGCCCGACAGCCGUACGUACCAGCGUCUGCCGGCACUGCGGGGGAAGAUUCAACCCAUAAUGGAUUGCUAAUGAACGGAGCCUCUCUUUUUCUUUUCGUCUUGUUUUUCCCCCGACUGUCAUCCUCUUCAAUGUCUCUUAUCAGUUUUUAACCAAAACAAAAUGAGGAUUUCUGGUGACCAGUUUCUAUUGAUAUUGUCUGUCUUUCGGGGACUCACAAUGGGGGCUUUCCCAAGCAGUGUACAGAUCGGUGGCCUGUUCAUCAGAAACACGGAUCAGGAAUACACAGCAUUUCGCCUGGCCAUCUUUCUGCACAAUACCAGUCCCAACGCGUCCGAGGCCCCCUUCAACCUGGUGCCUCAUGUGGACAACAUCGAGACGGCCAACAGCUUUGCUGUCACCAAUGCCUGUGAGUACAGACUGGCCAGAGGCAUCCCAAUUUCAUGUUUUAAUGGCUAUCUUUCUCAUCUGACCAGUCAAGUCAAACUCUGGUUUGGAUGCCAGGGUGUUGGCAUAACACAAUUGUGUCCAUUGUUAGACUGUGAUUGCAGAGGGUAAACGUCCAGGUUGGGGUGGAUGGAAGGGGGGUUGGGAUUCAGAUUGUCUAAUGGCAUGAGAAAGGUUGCCCUUUACCGUUGUGAGACUAUAGUGGUAUGUUACUGUAUGCUUUGGUGAGAGUGUGAGAAGAUAGUGUGUCUGUGUGCCUUAUUUCUUUCUCCGCCACACACAUGUGCACAUCCAUGAUACAUACACACGGUCACAGUAUACAGUAUGUCCACCAUGAACACUGCAACAUGACAGGAUACUCUCUGGCUCCCUCCCAGCUUCAACUUAGUGUAUGUGU